AUGCAAGCACGUGGUGCACCGGUUCCACCGAUCAAGAGUAUACCCAUUCUCUUGCUCUCAGGUGAAACAGUGAGCGAAGAAGACGAUGCCUUCGUUCAUUGGGUGCACUAUGUGCGUCGCCUCAGCAACAUUUUUGCUCUAAGGGCUAGUGCCCAUGCGGCGGAUGUGCGUCUCGAACGCAAGCUUCGGUAUGAUUAUGCCGAGCUUAAGGCCAGAGACCAAUUGCGCAAGCGCACGCGCUAUGCUUCGGCUACUAAGGUCGCCGCGAGUGCUGGUCAGUCUGUGACCAACAACCCGCCAACCCGCACCACUAGUGGUGGGUAA